GGAUGUUGUACAAUAAGAGCAGUUUCCAUAGAGACAGCAAUUUAUUGCUAACAUUACGUUCUAUCACAUUACAACUGGAAUAGGGUGGUGACACCACGUGACCAGCUGACAUUAACAACAACAUCAUCACGUGACCAGAGAACGCCACAGGAUUACAGCCCGAAAAGAGAAUACUGCGCGUUGCGUGUGGGUCCUGCGCAUGCGCGUUAGGGCGGCGCGGCAAGCGAAUCGGAAAGCGCGUUGGAAGAGAAUUUUGAGUGUCUCCGGUUUUUGACGUAAUCAGCAGCCGCCAGACUUCGUGUUGUGCUGCUUACUUUUCUGACUUCAGCAUGUUCGUUGCAAGAAGCAUUGCAGCCGAUCACAAGGACCUCAUCCACGAUGUGUCCUUCGACUUCCACGGCCGGAGGAUGGCGACCUGCUCCAGUGACCAGAGUGUGAAAGUGAGUGGGGGCAGAGGGGGAGAGCAUGUGGCCCCCACACUGUCCACAUCAGCCUUCACACGAUCUGUCUAGCCCCAGUGGCUCCUUUGUUUUGGUCCCAUAUUUGCUGAAGUCACUGAAUGUUAUCAUAGCAAUGAGAGAAACAUGUAAAUGGAUUUAUUUAAAGGGACACUUUAGGCACACUGACCUGUUCAUUGAAGCAGUCUAGGCUCAAUGUCAGUGUCCCCCUUAGUCCUGCAGUGUGAAUCAGUGUUUACAUUGCAGGACUAAGACAGCCUCUAGUAGCUGUCAAUUAGACGGCCACUAGAGGUGUUUCUGGGAGUUUACUUUUCCAGAGUUUACCUGACACCAGGUCGCCUAAAUGACGCAGUACGUCCUCACAUUAUGCACGAGGAAAUCCAGCGUCAGUAAAAUGCUCAUAGAAAAGCACCAAUUUAAUGUUUUCCUACUUGCAGGGCCUUAUGCCCUUACAACACUCACCGCACCCUGCGGAGGGCCAACCCAGUGUCAGAGACAUCAGGUGAGUUUAGUUGGUUUUUUUUGGUUUUUUUUUUUUAAUAAAGGGACACUAUAGUCACUAGAACUACAGCACAAAUUUAAAAUAAAGGAACACUAAAAGCACCAUAGCAACUACUAAUCCCUGUAGUGGUUAUGGUGCCAGAAGUACCCUGAUACCCCAUUGAUAUCAGUCAAACUGUUUUAGAAUGAUUUGACUGAUUAUCUGGGGUCUAUUAAGUGCUGCUCCCUGCUCACUUUUGCUUAUGACAGACGGAAGCUCUCGGAGUUAAGACCAGUUGUACAAGGCAAUCAGCGGAUGCUUGCUCUGCGGGUUUAAUUCAGGAGAGCUAACAAAAGCUCCUGUUUAAGAGCUCCAGCUCUUUGAUACUACUAGUGUAGGUGGGAAACAAGGCCCAGUGCAUCCAAGGUAAGAAGCUAAAACAGUUUCAUUAACUACAGUAGCUGUCAUGGUGCUCCUGACAGCAUAACCACUACAGUGAGCUGUAGUAAAAUAGCUUUAAUAAAAAAAAAAAUGUUUUAUUUUUCUACAACUGUAUGCAGUUUAUUCACAAGUUCUUCUGCAAUCAUGAAGUGGUUGACGCUUUUGAGACUAUCUUGCUUUUAGUAUUUUUAUUCAAACUGCUCUGCAACGUAAUGAAAGCAACUGCACCAUUUUUGGGGGGGGGUUUUCCGUUUUUUUCUCCAUGUAGUUAUGUCUACACUAACUCUCAAUUUGCCUCUAAAUUAUAUGUAAGAGUGUGUCAAAGAUGGAGUGGGAGCACACACACGGCCCCCCCACUCUCCUUAGAAACUGUAAUGUUUGCAUUCAAGGAUUAUGUCUAGUGGCUUCUACUGCACUGACAGAUAUUAAAUUGUGAUGUGGAAGCCACUUAUAAGAAAGCAUUGAUUUAAUAAUUGUAUAUGGGGAGGCUUGAAUGAGCACGCAGCGCAUGCUACACACGCGCUUUAGGUCCCCAAUGUUCCUCUAUGAGAAGCAUUGGAUUGGACAUUACAAAGGAGGCCACGCGUCCUCUCAGAUUUCGCAGGAGGCAGAAAAGUAUGCCGAGCUGGAUAAAGGUGAGUAAAACUUGUUGUUGUGUUUUUUGUAAAUAUUUUAAUUUAAUGUAUGGGUCCUAAAUAAGAGAAGGGACAUCAUAGCGUUAGGAAUACAGGUUUGUAUUCCUAACUCUCUAGUGUUUGGUGAAUGUGUUUUUUUUUGUUUUUUUUUCUCUUUACGAAUCCAAUGAAAUCAUUAAAGGAACACAAUUGUCACCAGUACAAUUGCAGCUUAAUAUAGUUGUUCUGGGGAGUAUGGCCUGUCACUGCAGUCUUUUUGCUGUAAACACUGUCUUUUCUGACAUUCAUCAGAUGGCCACUGGUGGUGAUUCCUGGGGCAACAGCACUAAUGUUCAGCGUCUCUAUGCUCUGCAUGAAGAGGCUGAACUUUCCUCAUAGAGAUGAAUUGAUUCAACACAUCUCUAUGACGUGAUGCUGAUUAUCAAAACUGGCAUUUGGCUCUGACUCGCCAUGGAGGCAGAUUGGAGAGGGGGGGGUCUUAACAUCAUAGGGUCAUGAAUACACAUUAAUUUUCCUAAUUCUAAAGUGUUCCUUUAAUUAGAAAAAUUAGUUGGUGCAGAGCUUGACAUGGGCAUAUUAUGGAGACCUAGAAAUGGAGUCUGGAACCUUGCAGUUUGUCUACCUGCAUACAAAUCAAUAGAUCUCCCUGACUGGCACUCAUUUUCUGAAAAUAAUCAAACAAAAGUUAAAUUUUCAAAGACUGCUCUUGUGUUACCUGACACAUUUGGCAUGGAUGCUUAUUCUUACUAAGAGCUAUGAUGUAAUCUCUCUAGCCAAACUACAGAUAUACAGUGAAAAAGCAAGAGAGGGAGCUAGUGGUGAAUAGGUUUUAGCCUCCUAUCACUUCUCUUUCCUUUGAACAUUAUGUGAGUGGGAGAUGGGCCUGGCAACCAACCAUGUAAGAUUGUGGCUUUACAUCCUUUCUGUUGCAGGCCCUUCUCGUAAUGAAUAGGAGGACGACAGUGAACUAUUCCAAAUAACAUGAUUUUAUAUUUUGUGGCCGAUUACUACACAUAUUUUAUUUUUUUUAAUGUAUUUUUUUUUUUUUUUAAAGCACAGGUGGUCCUCAUUUAGGGACCUACCUGUUUUUACGAUGGCUUGCACUUAGGACCAGGCGUUAGUGCGAGCCGUCGUUUGGAUUCCCUGCUCUGGUGCUUAUGUCUAUGUUCGGGGAAGUUUCCCCAAACAUAGACGAACACACGAGAGCAGGUAAUCCCUCUAAUCUAUGUUCUGGGAAAUUUCCCAGAGCAUAGAUUAGAGAGAUUCUCUGCUCUAGUGCGUUUGUCUAUGUUCGGGGAAGGUCCCCGAACAUAGACGAACGCACCACAGCAGGGAAUCCCUCAACCCCUCACUUACUGACCAAUUCGUUCUACAACCGGGUCGUAGGAAUGGAACCCAGUCGGUAAGUGAGCAGUGUCUGUACUGCAUUAAUAGAAAUGUAAUGCAAUUUCCAAGUGUAUGGGAAUUGUUGACUCCACCUUCUUAGUCUAGAUUUUAUGGAUUGUUGGUUUUUAAUUUGUCUUUCCUUCUUGCUGUUGAAUACCUGCUGGAAAAAUAGUCACAAAAAAAAGUCACAAUUUAGUGAUUUUAAAAAAAAAAAAUUUCUCUUUCUCUCUUUUAAAGGUUUGGGAUAAAAGUGAAAAUGGUGAUUGGCACUGCACAGCAAGCUGGAAGGUAAACCAGAUUUCAUUCUAAUGUUGAAAAUUUGACUUUUGCUGUCUGCAAUUCCUUGUAACACUAACAUUUGUAUGCUAGCCUUUGGACUAUGCCAAUAGUUUAUAGAUUGAGAAUACUUUAAUAAAGUAGCAGACCAUUAUUCUUUGUUACAGUAUUCUGUAAAUGGGCACAUAGGAUAUCAAAAUAAAUUAGCUCAUUGACCAACUGUGCAUUUAAACUUUGUCAGUUGUGAAACCUAUCUAAUCUAACAUUUGCUUUGGUGUUUUAUUGAUCAGUUCAACUUUGGUUACUAUAUUGUCUGAUUUAAAGCAUUCUUCCAGUCUGUGAUGUGCAUGUGUGUGUUGUUUGUCUUGUAGGCACUCUCUAACCACUGCUGCAUUUUGAAGUGGUUUUUGGUGCAGUGAUCCUUUCGAAGCAGUCAGUGCUUUUUAUAUCAAUCCUUGACUAUGGCAUUGGGGAGUGCAUUGCUCUGGGUAAAAAGACUUGGGGAAUUAUGAAAGCUAAUAAAUUGGGAAGCAGUUGUAAUUUGUCUUUCCUAUUAUACACAACAACUCAACUGGAUUAAUGUUGAGUAGAUAAUACUCAUUGAAGGGGAAAGCAUUGGAUUGGCUGAAAUAAUAAAUUCUGAUGUCCGAAAGGAGGUGGAUUGGGGGUAGACCCACACAGCGCUGAAAAUAAGGAAAGUUAAAUUUUAAGGGGCAAAGGGGGGGAAAGCCAUAUAACUGGUGGUUUUAACAUUAGUGUCAGGAAUACUUGUUUGUGUUCCUGUAAGCACCUACAUUUUAAUGUUUUGGUUUGGUGUAAAGACCAUCUCUUUGCACCGUAUCAAAUGUAAGCAUUGCUGUCUUGAAGAAAUGGCAAUCUUUACAUUUGUCAAUAAGGGUGCCUCAAAUGACUGUUAAUCAGCUACUAGAGGCACUUUGUUAUUGGAGAUUUUUUGAAGUCUUCCUGUUUGGCGUUGAGCUCUGUGAAUGCUUCUCAAGAAACAUUGUAUUUAGUGCUUUUCUAGGAGAAAAAAAUGGGGAUUGGGGGCACACUCAAAACAUGCAUUUCACAGCAGGGGUGACACUAUCAAGACCUAAUUAUAUACAAAAUACAGAUUAAAGGACCACUCUAUGCACACAGACCACUUCAGCUUAAUGAAGUGGUCUGGGUGCCAGGUCCAGCUAGGGUUAACCCAUUUUUUUAUAAACAUAGCAGUUUCAGAGAAACUAUGUUUAUAAAUAGGUUAAUCCUUCCCCCAAAGCCUCUAGUGGCUAUCUCAUUGACAGCCGCUAGAGGCGUUUGCGUGCUUCUCACUGUGAAAAUCACAGUGAGAGCACGCAAGCGUCCAUAGGAAAGCAUUGAUAAUGCUUUCCUAUGCGACCGGCUGAAUGCGCGUGCAUUCAGCCGAUGGGGAGGAACGGAGGAGGAUCGGAGGAGUAGAGCUCCCCGCCCAGUGCUGGAAAAGGGUAAGUUUUACCCCUUUCCAGAGCCGGGCGGGAGGGGGUCCCUGAGGGUGGGGGCACCCUCAGGGCACUAUAGUGCCAGGAAAACGAGUGUUUUCCUGGCACUAUAGUGGUCCUCUAAAGAACAGUGUACACAAAAAACUGUUCUAUCUAACAAGGCUACUUAAAAUCAUUUAUCUUGGCAAACAAAUAUGGAGAUUCAGUUACACUAUAUAGUAUUAAAGGAGCACUAUAGUGCCAGGAAAACAAGCUCUGAGCCCCCCUGCUGCUGGGCUGAAGGGGUUGAAACCCUUUCAGCCACUUACCUUUCUCCAGAGCCGGGCUCCCUCUGUGCUAAGGAACUCUCCACCCCCUUCCGACGUCGGAUCCGAAUGCGCAUGCACGGCAAGAGCCACGCGGGCAUUCACACCGCCCAUAGAAAAGCAUUACUCAAUGCUUUUACUAUGGCCGUCAGUGUCUUCUCACGGUGAUUUUCACAGUGAGACUCGCGGAAGCGCUUCUAGCGGCUGUCAGUGAGACAGCCACUAGAGGUUGGAUUAACCCUCAGUGAAACAUAGCAGUUUCUCUGAAACUAUGUUUUUGUCUGCAGGGUUAAAACUAGAGGGACCUGGCACCCAUACCACUUCAUUGAGCUGACGUGGUCUGGGUGUUUAUAGUGCCUUUUAAGCCCACCACUGUCACAGUAUGCCUGCAUCUGUGGGUCCUAAAUGGAAUUUAAACAUGGGAGAUUAAUAUGCUAACUGCAAUUCUUACUGCUUAAAGGAACACUAGGAACCCAGACCACUUCAGCUCAUUGAAGUGGUCUGGGUGCACUUUCUCUAUUGCCUGCACUAUAGUAUUCCUUUAAACUGUUUCUAUUGACACGCCUCAAAUUUAUGCUUUCAAAAUUUAAGCAGUAAGUAUGGCAGUUAGCAUGUUCUUCAUCCAUGUUUAUUGUAGGAUCCACCAAUAUUGCGGUGGUGGACUUAACAUGCGUGAUGUUUGGGGAAUAAAGAGUGGGACGCGACUGUCAGGUGAGUAUUUUGGGAAUAUUGAGCUUGCCAAAAGAAGUGAAGCUUGCCUUAAGCUCCACCCUUUUGUCUUCUGUAAUUUUUCUAAGCUUGACAAAGUAAUCCUCACUUUGUCUUCUGUAUCUUACAUAAAGAGUAUUGAAAUUAGAGAAAAGGAGACCAUGUUUGGAGAAAGGGGGUAGAGGAAUUUAUUCAAGGUAAGUACCGUGUGACUGUGCUAUUUUAAGGGUUUAAGUUUUCAGUUGUCUACCUAGUUCUCUUACAACUGGUUUAUAUCACUUUUAUUUAUUUUUUUCUCUUCACAGACACACAGUGGUUCUGUGUGGCGGGUAACUUGGGCUCAUCCAGAGUUUGGACAGGUUUUGGCUUCAUGUUCGUUUGACAGAACAGCUGCUGUGUGGGAGGAAAUUGUUGGUGAAUCAAAUGAUAAAUUACGUGGGCAAAGUCAUUGGGUAAGACCUCUGCAAUUAGAUUUUCUUUCCUUACAGUUAAUUCUUGUUAUGUUUCUAAAAAUAAUAUUUAAGACAAUCAGAGUUUGUCUUGCAAAUACAGCCUUUAGUUUAUGUAGUUAAUUGUUAUUUUAGCAGCAGACAGAACUCUGUAAACCCAGUAAAAAUCAUUAGGAGCUUUUCAAAAUUAAAGUUACAAUAAGUGCUGUAGAAUAUUCUAAAAAUAAUAAACAUGCAUGUAAAUAGACAAACACAUGCAGCAAAUAUAAAACUAUAGGUAGUGUACACAAUUAUGGUGCAUCACCCAUAAAUAAAAUUUUAGUGGAGACUAACAUAUAGUGCUGGUCUCACAAUGAUAAGACUGUGGGAUUUAGUGAACAUGUGUCAGUGACAUUUUUUUAUAGAGUUGAUUACCGGACAAUUAGAAAAAAAGGGGUUGGGGGAGGUCAAGGAUAAGAUAGGGGAUAGUGGAAGCAGGGUGGUGGUUCAGGGAGGCAAGGGUGAAUCCUUUAUAAAGUAAAAAGUGGCCACUUGAGUAUAUUUUAGAAUGGCAUUUGAAGGAUUAGUCUGUAUCACAUAUACCUUCUUAAUGCAUAAUUAUUUCUGUGCAAUUUCAUGCAGUUUCAAUGAUUUAGAUGCGCUCAUAUUUGCUCCAUAGAAUUUUAAUAAAAUGAUCGUAAUUUAACUUGUCCAGAUUUUUUGUAUUCUUAUGACAUUUUUCAUCUAAAUUAUUUAUUUCUAAAUACUCAGGUUAAGAGGACAACACUUGUGGACAGUAGAACCUCCGUUACUGAUGUAAAAUUUGCUCCAAAGCACAUGGGACUGAUGUUGGCAACAUGUUCAGCAGAUGGUGUAGUGAGAGUGUAUGAAGCACCUGAUGUGAUGAACCUGAGCCAGUGGUCUCUGCAGCAUGAAAUCUCUGGCAAGUUGAGCUGCAGUUGCAUCUCCUGGAAUCCUUCCAGGUUAGCCGAUCUUCACACUAUAUUCUAUUUCAUAUCCUUGCUAGCUUGCAUUUAAUUAUCUAGAUUAUAAAAUUUGCUUUGGCAAUUCCUUAAAGAAACAAUCCAGGACAACAUGCAGUACAGUGAGGGGGGGUGUAUUUGAUCCCCUGCUGGUUUUGAACAUGUGUCCACUGACAAAGAAAUGAUCAGUCUAUAAUUUUAAUGGUUGAUGUAAAUUAACAGUGAGAGACAGAAUAAUAAAAUAAAAAAUCCAGAAAAAUGCAUGUCAAAAAAGUUAUAAAUAGUUUUCCAUGUUAAUGAGUGUAAUAAGUAUUUGAUCAGCUAUCAGUCAGCAAGGUUUCUGGCUCCCAGGUGACUUUUUUAUUUUAUUUAGUUAACAAGCUGAGAUUAGGAGCACUCUCUUAAAGGGAGUGCUCAUAAUCUCAGCUCGUUACCUGUAUAAAAAAAAAAAAAACACCUGUCCACAGAAGCAAUCAAUCAGAUUCCAAAGAGCUGUCCAAGGAUGUCAGGGACAAGAUUGUAGACCUACACAAGGCUGGAAUGGGCUACAAGACCAUCACCAAGCAGCUUGGUGAGGUGGUGACAAAAGUUGGUGCUAUUAUUCACAAAUAGUAGAAACACAAAAUAACUGUCAGGCCCGUCUGAAGUUUGCCAAUGAACAUCUGAAUGAUUCAGAGGAGAACUGGGUGAAAGUGUGAGACUAAAAUCAAGCUCUUUGGCAUCAACUCAAUUUGCCGUGUUUGGAGGAAGAGGAAUGCUACCUAUGACACCAAGAACACCAUCCCCACCGUCAAACAUGGAGAUGGAAACAUUAUGCUUUGGGGAUAUUUUUCUGCUAAGUGGACAGGACAACUGCACCACAUCAAAGGGACAAUGGAUUUGGCCAUACACCGUCAAAUCUUGGAUGAGAACCUCCUUAUCUCAGCCAGGGCAUUGAAAUGGGUCGUGGAUGGGUAUUCCAGCAUGGCAAUGACCCAAAACACACAGCCAAGGCAACAAAGGAGUGGCUCAAGAAGAAGCAGUGGUCUAGCCAGUCUCCAGACCUUAAUCCCAUAGAAAAUCUGUGGAGGGAGCUGAAGGUUGAGUUGCCAAAUGUCACACUUGAAACCUUAAUGACUUGGAGAGCAUCUGCAAAGAAGAGUGGGACAAAACAAUUUACAACUUUUUUUGACAUGCAUUUUUCUGGAUUUCUUUUUGUUAUUCUGUCUCUCAAUGUUAAAAUACACAUUACCAAUACCAUUAAAAUGAUGGACUGAUUAUUUCUUUUUCAGUGGGCAAACGUUCAAAAUCAGCAAGGGAUCAAAUAAUUUUUCCCUUCAGAUUAAAGGCAGUGCUUUACAACAGGUAAUUUCAUCACCUGGAGGGAAAAAAACAGGCAGGCAAUCUCCCAAACUUUUCAUGAACCUCCCCCAAUUAACCUUUGGCCUUAUAAAUUGCUUCCUACCCAAUACAUCCCCAGUUCUUUGCCUGCCUCCGGCAGAGAAGGGUGUCAGGUUCCGGUUUUCUCCCUAGAAGUAUGGUGAGAGGGCUGAGGCUCUGGAGGCUCUACUUUUUUAAAAUAAAUUUUUCAGAGGUCGGCCAGGGAUAACACACCAGACGGCUGUAUCUCCCCGUGUUGUAUAACUUCCGUCUACACCGAGCCAGGUGCCAGGCAGAUGAUGGUGCGCAUUUGGGCACUAUCUGGGAAGUCCUGGCGGCGUAACACUCGUACAGGUUACAUUUAUUUCCACCGUAGAAUCGCGAAAUGCAGCACAUGGGUAAUGCAAUUUAAAAUUCAGGCGCCAAUAUCUUUAUUUUUUCUUUCCAUGGUCAAGAUGUUAGUUUCCAGGACUUAGACAGGCUGUUUACCCAGCAGCAACUAACUGUUGCCAGGUGCACUCAGAAUCUGUUGCAAGUGUGUUCUCACCAACCUCCAACACACUCUGAGGACAUUUAAGGUGAGCCUUUUUGCUUUUAUCUUAAAUGACUCUAGCCUGAAUAAGUUAAUAAAUUAUCUGUGCUGCAAGAUGGAUAAGCUAAAAAAGCGCAUAUGUUUCUAAGUUGGAGAGUUUUUUUUAAGCUUCUCCUCACUUAAAGAUUAUUCCUAAAAUCUUAAAACAAAUAGUGCUUUGAAAGUGUAAGCACUUAGUAGAUCGGGCCCAUAAUAGAUUAUUCUUUGAGUGAAGUCUAUAAAGGGUAUUAGAUAAGAAUAUACUUUUACAUAAUUCUAUUUGGUAAAUUUUAAGUUUCCUUUCUGGCUCAAAAUAGCUGCUACACAGUGAUUUAGUUAAUAUGGGUUUCAAUAUCACUAAUUGUUGCAACAGGGUCAGUAAUUAAAGUGAAGUGUGGAAUAUAUUCACAGGAGCAAGACCCGUAUGACUAUUGGAGGAUUAUCCUCUGUAUGUUAUCCUUAGGAGGCUGAUAUUAAAUAUCUGGUUUUGGUUAAGUUAAUAUACUGUUGUAGCAGAUGGAUUCUUUAAAUGCCAGGAUCCUAGCCGCAGUGUUUAUUUUCUUAAAACAUGCAGUAUGCUUUUAGCAAUUGCUGUAGACAAAGCUCGGUUGCAAUUUGCAUUUUCACCACCUCAACUAGUUUCACCUGAUAUCAGUUUUUUAAAAAGGUAGUCUGUUUUUCAGCUGGGGCAGAACUUUUCCUGUGCUUCACUCCAUGGUUGGCACAUUUUAUGUUUUUGUCUUACAUUCCAAGUAGUAUGUUGUCAGUUACAAGGACAGGUUUCAGCUAACUGACUGUUGGAAUGGCAUUUUUAAAGAAAAUGCUUCCUAAUAUUGAUUCCUGCAGAGUUUGCAUCAAACAGGUUUUUAAAUGCAGUUGCAGCUAUUCUGUCUGCUCUAGCUUCUGCUUCCCAAAUACGGCUAAGGAAAGCCUCUAUCCGGUAAGGCCGAUGGUUGGAAUUUAAAAUUUAUAAGAUUGCUUACUAAAAUUGGUUCCUGCAUAGUCUGGAUCAAACAGGGUUUGAAAUGCAGUUUGCAGAUAUUCUUUCUGCUCUAGCCUCUGCUUCCCAAUUAUGGCUAACUAAGGCCUGGAUCAUGGGUAUUGUCUUAUGCAGACUGUAUAUCUAUGUAAUCAGUCUCGCUUCGGCCAAUAAAGAUGGUAACCUGUAUGAACUAGUCUCCAUGGAAAAUUAUUUCUUCCUCACGUUACUGGGCUUGAAGCUAGUUCUAGAACAGCUGCAGGCCUAUUGAUCAAGGUGUAGUUAUCACGGUAUGAUAGGGAUGGUUUAUUACCUAGGUUUGUUUGAAAGAAAGAGCUUAUGGCCACUUAAGAUUUUCUCACUAUGCAAAAUGUUGCCAUCCAUAAAUUUGUUGAAUCUCUACAAUACUGCUUCCUCAGGGGCACCUAAUUAAUUUUUGUACACCAGCCCCUAAAGGUUACGGUGUUUUUCUACUGCAUACAGGUGGAUGCUAAUCAAUCUUCUGAUAAAGAAUUCCCUUUACAAGAAGUGUGCAGUUCUGGUGUUUGUCAAGGAACAGUUCAGAUGUAAAAAUUUUGACAAGGGUUUUUGAUUCUCAGAAAAUGGUAAUUCCCUGAAGAAAAAAAUUGUGGUUCUCUGUCCUUAUCACCUGAAAUCUCUCUUCUACUUCAGUAGACAAGAUACUAGGGAAAUAUUAUUGGUUACCGUCUUGUAAGAACCUGCUUGGUCUCUUCAGCUUCUUUAGGCAUAGCACUGUUUACAGGUCCUUCAGAGGCCAGAUACAGUUGCUGAUAAGAUUUUGCAGUCAAAUCCUAAACUUCGGUCAUUCCUUUCUGAACCAGGCAGAAAUUAAGGAUGCCAGACGGUUCUUACUUUUUGUUCUAGUUCUCAAAUUGAUCGUUCAGAAUGUUACGACUGAUGCUUCAGGUCUCAGUAGGUUCUCAGAGGGUUGAAGGGAAAUUAGCAGAGAUAAUUUGAAAAAAACUUAUCCAACUACAUAGGACUAAAGGCUAUCUGGCUAGCUCUCUUUGCCUUUCAGAUAAAGACCGGGUAUUAUCUGGUUGGAUAGUUCUACAUCGGUAGCAAUUAUGUACAAACAAGGUCAUUUUGUUUGAAAAAUCUUGUUCCAGGAUAUGCUUGGGUUAGUUUUUCUUAGGUCUAUUCACUUAUGCAUGGAACUUAAUAUUCCUCUAUUUAGCUGUAGCAUUUAGUAAUCAACAUUUAAUACAAUGCAGAUUGGUUCGUACUCCCUGAUCUAUACCCAAACGAUAGGAAGAAUUUGAUUAUCCAGUUAUGGAACUGGGACUUCUAGAUUAAACAGCAUGAAGUGUUUAAUGGGACAAGCUUGGACAAACCAGUAAGCUUUGGUUUCCUUUUCUUUCUUGGGAAUUCCAGUCUAACCUAUCCUCCUGGUUCCAUAUUCCCCAAGAUCCUAUAGGAUGGAAAAAGUGAGCAUGAUAGUCUUCCUCCCUUGGUGGCAAGUAGCUGUUUCACCAUUCAUCUAAAAUUAUCCGGAGGAAUCUGGGGACCUUACCUGUAAAUAGGCAUCCUGGAAUUCUCAAGGGUACCUCUUCUCAAUUUUGUAGUAAUUCAAGCUGACGACCUGGUUUAUGUAUACCAGAUACUGAAGGAUAAGGUUUUGUCUCAGGAAAUUAUUGACAAUUUUUUACUAUAAAUGGAUCUUGUUCCAAGAUUUAUUCCAAGUAUGGAAGGUGUUGUUUUUUAAGAUAUUGGUUCAAAGAAAAGCAGGCAUCCGCUUCCAAGUUUUUAACCUCCCCCUUUUUUUUUUUCUUCUUCUUCUUCGGUUGGGCUUUGCGGAAGGUUUAAAGCCAGAGAUCCUCAAGGUCAAAUUUCGGUUAUCAGUUGAUUUUCAGAGGUUUUUCUCCAAACCAACAGUAUCUGCUAGGCUCUUUCGUGGUUAGUUCCUAUCUUCAGGGAAUCUUUUCCGCAAGGGAUCUUCUUUUGGGUUUUUUUUAACUCUGCUGAUUGGAGUCUUCACUCUAGGUCUUUGGGGGUAGUCGCCCAAAAUAUUUUUGGGAAGAACUUCAAGUUCUUCAAGUUUCCAUUUUCAGCAGGAGAAAGUGGAGUCAAGCUGGAUUCUUUAAUUCUUCUCAAUCUUCCAUCUAUCAUUAUUUUUCUAACUUUUCCCAACAGCAUUCUAGGGUCUUGGAAUUCUAAUUCCACUGCCUGGGCGUUUAGUUCUCGUAUACAGUACCUUAAAGGUCUGCAUUGGUUUCGAUAUUUUUUUUUCUUUUUCUCUUAUCUAACACCUAUCUCCAUUGAAGCUCCUUCGAUCACAGUUAUGUUCAGAUCAGGUGCCUGAGGGCUUCUGCUAUACAUUCUCUCUAAUUCCUAACAGCCACGAGGUGAUCUCUUCACUCAUUUUGGUCUGUUGACCUUGGAAGAUAAAACUUUGGUCGCAGGUUUUUUGCAGUGAGAAUUGAGUCCCGCCCUAAGGGAUUGCUUUUGGAUAUCCCAGUUGUAAAGCACUGCUUCUAAUCUGAAUGGAAAAACAAAAAUUUUUACUUACCGUAAAUCUAUUUUUCCAGAAGAUUAGAGGCAGUGCUCACACCCCCCCCCAACCCCCACAUUUUUUAAUAGCCUGAGUGGUACGGUUAUUUGGCUUUUGUAAUUUCUGGGGAUGUUUUGGGUAGGAAGCAAUUUAUAAGGCCAAAGGUUAAUUGGGGGAGGUUCUUGAAAAGUUUGGGAGAUUGCCUGCCUGUUUUUUCCAUCCAGGUGAUGAAAUCCCAGUUGUAAAGCACUGCCUCUAAUCUUCUGGAAAAAUAAAUUUACGGUAAGUAAAAAUUUUUGUUUUUUCCCCCUCACUAUAUAUAGCCUGUGACAUAAGCAAUAAUGUUUUGUUUGUUUCAUUUUAAUAGCGUUUGGAAAUGACUUUGCAUUGUAAUCCUACUUCUUCUUUCCCGCCUCCGCACAUCCGUUUCCAAUGCCCCUUUAUGAAUUGCAUUAAAUUUGUCAAUUGGCCAGAUGAAGGCACAGCAGCCAACAGCACUGAGGCAGUCUUGGCACUGGGAAAAGGGAAGUAAAAUGCUUUGUUUUAGGUUUUUAGAUUUUCUUUGUUCUUCUGCUCCUCCUUUUUGAAGGUUCAUUUAACUUUUUUUUUUUUUUAUGACGAUAUUUGAUUUUUGUGGGAUGUAAGUGGCAUAAUAUCAAUAUAUUAUACAUGGUACUUUUUAAAAAUUUGAUAUAUAUAUUUUUAUUGUGGACCCAGUACAUACUUGAAAACGAGAGAAAUCUGUCUCCUUCCUGGUAAAAUAUUUUAGAAAUAAAAAUAAUUUUGUAUAAAGUAUUAGAUUGUAGGGUAUUCAUUUAUCUUUCAAUACUCAAUUUGACAAAGUUGUCUUGUUAAAAUGUUUUUUUUAAUUUUUUUUAAUUUUUAUUUUUUUUAAUUUUAUUCCCACCUUCCCAGUUCGCGAGCUCAUUCUCCAAUGAUCGCAGUUGGUAGUGAUGACAGUAGUCCCAAUAUUAUGGGAAAAGUCCAAAUAUAUGAAUACAAUGAAAAUACAAGGUAAAUGUGUCUAGUUUCUUCUGGAGAGUGUGUUUUAAUUUGCAUUGUGUGAAGUCAUGUUGUAAUUUAAAUGAGUAUAUCAAUGUAACUUACAAACUCUGAUGUCCCCUGUCAGCUUAAUUAUACAAUUGUUCAAAAUCUAACUUUUAUACAAAUGUAGUUACCUUUUAAAGAUAUUAGUUGCCCUCCUUUACUAAUCUGCUCUUUGACAAAUGUAAAGUAGUCAGAGCUUAUUUCCUAUAAGAUUAUCAUUGCAGCUCUAAAACUGUUGCUUUGGUGUCUCUUGUAACAUAUUGCUGUGUUUUUUUGUUUAAUAAUUUGCUUUCUGUUUGUAGGAAAUAUGUAAAAGCAGAAACAUUUAUGACUGUCACAGAUCCUGUUCAUGACCUCUCCUUUGCUCCAAAUCUGGGACGAUCUUUCCACAUUCUUGCUGUUGCUUCAAAAGAUGUUAGAAUAUUUACCAUGAAACCCUUAAGGUGGGUUUGUGGGAAUGCUUAAACUUCCUUAACAAGAUGUAACAGAAAAUAGAGAAUGUUUUGCAAUCAGUAUGGUUGUUUAGGCAAUUGACUUAGCCAUGCAUGUGUGUCCCUAUGUAUUUCUACCAUCUCAAGAUGAAUGGAGUUUCCUGUCUGCGUAUUUUCUUUGCUCCUUCAUUUGUACUCCUGGUUUUAUGCACUAUGUGAAGAUGUGCCUGCACAAGCUAGACAUGAAGCGAGAUAUGAAACUAAUAUGGCUACAUUACCCUGAACAAGGGUGCUGCUGGGGCCAAUUAAUAAAACAUACAGGAUCCAGCACACUAAUUAACCCCUUCCCGACCUCGGACGUGAAGGGUAUGUCCGACAAAAAAACGGAAGUUAAUGACCACGGAUGUACCCUGUGCGUCAGUGGCUAAAAUGACCCGGGUACUCGCCUGGACCGGCGAUCUGUGGCCAGGUCGACUGCCCGAGACACCAGCAGUCCCGCUUCUGUAGCUAUGGGCCUCCAGGGCCAUGUGAUCACCAUGAUCACAUGGCUGCAAUGGAAGUCUAUGGAGCUGCCAGCAGGGGGACUGCCUGAGCAAUCAUAACCAAUAAAUCUCAAUAAAAAUAAUGUGCCAAAUUCGUUAUGUUGCCUUUGAGAUUGUAUGGUAGCCUAGGAAUAAGAAUUACCCCAUGAUGGCAUACCUUUUGCAAAAGUAGACAACCCAAGGUAUUGCAAAUAGUGUAUGUCUAGUUUUUUCUAGUAGCCACUUAGUCACAAACACUGGCCAAAUUAAGCAUUCAUAUUCUUUUUUUGCAUUUUUCACACACAAACAAAUAUAAAUGCUUACUUUGGCCAGUGUUUGUGACCAAGGGGCUACUAAAAAAGACUGGACAUACCCCAUUUUGAAUACCUUGGGUUGUCUACAUUUGCAAAUAUUAUGCAAUAAGGGCGUUAAUUCACAUUCCAGGGCUACCAUAUGGUCUCAAAAGGCAACGUAGACCAAGCAAACCAAACACCAUAAAACAUGUACAUGGGGCGUAUUGUUAUACUCCAGAGACUUCGCUGAAUACAGAUGAGUUUUUCAAAACCGUAAAACUUAUCACAACGAUGAAAUCACCAGUAAAAGUGCAGUUUUUGUUUUAAAAAAAACGCAAAAAACAAAAACGCUAACUUUGGCCAGUGUUCAUGACUAAGUGGCUACUACAAAAUACUGGACAUAUUGCAUUUUGUUUUUGAAAGUUACAGGGUCAAAUAUAAGGCUAGCCAAUUUCAUUUUUAUUCAUUGCCAAAUUGGUUGACUUUGAGACUGUAUGGUAGCCCAGGAAUGAGAAUUACUCCCAUGAUUGCAUGCCAUUUGCAAAAGUAGACAACCCAAGGUAUUGCAAAUAGAGUAUGUACAGUUUUUUUCUAGUAGUCACUUAGUCACAAACAUUGGCCCAAGUUAGCGUUCAUAUUAAUUUUUUGCAUUUUUUACACACAGACAAAUAUAAAAGCAAAAUUUUUCCAGUGUUUGUGACAAAGUGGCUACGAAAAAAGACUGGACAUACCCCAUUUUGAAUACCAUAGGCUGUUUGCCUUUUCAAAUGGUAUGUCAUGGUGGGGUUUAUUUUAAAUUCUGGGCUGCCAUACCGUCUCAAAGACAACAGUCUGGCAAAUGGCAGUUUACAAAAAAACGAAAUUGGCAAAUCUUAUGUUUGACAAUGUAACUUUCCAAAUAACCAUAAAACCUGCACUUGAGGGGUACUGUUGUGCUCGUGAGACUUUACUCCACACAAAUAUGUUUUAGAGCAGUAAUAUGUAUUAUACUGAUGAAAUGGCAGUUUAUGUGUAAAAAAAAAAAAGGUUUAAAAAAAACGAAAUAAAUAUAAACGCUAAUUUUGGGCAGGACUUGUUACUAAGUGGCUACUAAAACUGGACACACCCCAUUUUGAAUACCAUGGGUUGUCUACUUUAAAAAAAUAUAUGGUUUGAUGCGGGUAAAUUACAUUGGCCAGCUUCAGAAAUGUCCCAAAUAGGACAUGGGUGCAUGAUGACCAGCUGUGAAAAUUCCAAGUUUGAAAACUGGAAUGCGCACCCUCCAAAUAAGGUAUUUUAGCCCCCAGAGAACCUGACACACCUAUACCUAUUGGGGUAUCACUGUACUCAGGAGAUGUUCCUGAACACAUAUUGGGGUGUUCUUUGGCAGUAACCCGUAAAGUUCUCAGUACAUGUAUUCUUAAAUUGCUAUGUGUGUCAAAAAAAUCCCCAAUUAUUUUUUUUAUUUUUUUUAAAUUUGGCAUAAAUUGGUGGCAUGAAAAGAGUCAAAAUACCCCAAGUUUAAUACCUUAGCUUGUCUUCUUUUAAUAUAUAUACAUGAAGGGUUAUUCAGGGAUUCCUGACAGAUAUCAGUGUUACAAUGUAACUUGCGUUAAUUGUGAGAAAAAAAAUUGGGGAAAUAACAAAGUGCUAGUUGUACUUCUAGCCCUAUAACUUAAAAAAAAAAAAAAAGGCUAAGAACACGUUAACAUUUGGGCAUUUGUAAACUUACAACAAUAUUUACAAACUAUUUAGCACGGGUGUUUUUUGGCGGUUGUAGAUGCAUAACAAAUUUUGGGGGUCAAACUUAGAAAGUGUUUUUGUGUUUUUUUUGUUUUUGUUUUUUUUAAAUGCAUCGUGUGUGUGUAUAUAUAAUAUGUGUGUAUGUAUGUAUAUGUGUGGGGUUUUUUGUGUUUUAUUUAAUAGUAAAUUUAUAUAAAUUUGAAAAUAAUAGUAUCUUUUAGACCAUUUAAUGGCGAGAAAAACAGUAUAUAAUAUGUGUGGAAACAGUAAAUGAGUAAGAUGAAAAUUACAGCUAAACACAAACGCCGUAGAAAUAGUCCUGGUCCCAAAUGGCAAUAAAAUUGAAAAGUGGUCUGGUCACUAAAAGGUUAAUCUCCAACUUCAAAGCUUUAAAACAUAACAAACUAUAAAUUUGUGUGAGCUUAGAAGUUGGGUUUUAGUUAGUGUGCUGGAUUUUGUAUGUUGUAUCAAAUGAGAUAGACAGGCCAGUCUUUUGUUUAGCACAGUACUAAGCUGGUCUGUAGAGUUGACAUUCCCCCAACUAGUCUGAAGAUGUGGGCUUUUGCUUCAAACUGCUGAUGCAUGAAAGUCUUUCAAUUUAUAUAUCAUCUUUCUCCAUUGUGUUAAUGCUGACUAAAAAAAAAAGAAUCUACUAUUUCAUCCGCCAAACUAAAAACAAAAACUAUGGAACUUUUAUUACAAAUUUUAAAUAAACACUACAAAAAGAUUCUCUAAAUAGCUUUGUUUGCAGUUAAUGUUUUUGUUUCAUUAUUUUGCUAUUUCUAAAGGAUUGUAUUUAUUUUUGGGGAAUUUUCUCAAAGUUAAACAAAACUGAAUUGAACCGUCUUGAAAAAUAUUCAUGUAGGAUGAGGAGUAGAAUUUCCCUUCAACUGCAACAUUUGUUUUCCUUUUCAUCCACCGCUUUUAUGUGAUUACUUAAUGUUCCAUUAUCUUCUUUAAUAUAGGAAGGAGCAGACCUCUUCUGGAGGUGUGACAAAGUUUGAGAUUCACACAGUGGCUCAGUUUGAUAACCACAACUCUCAGGUAUGGAGAGUGAGUUGGAACAUCACUGGUACUGUUUUGGCAUCAUCAGGAGAUGAUGGAAGUGUACGAUUGUGGAAAGGUAAUUCCAAUGUGACUAUUGUUGGGACACCAAAAACCAUUUGUAUGUUCACGCUAGCUAUACUGCAGCAGAGCAUAAGCAAUUUAAAGGAACACUCAAAUUACAAUGGCCACAUACCCCUAGCUCAUUGGUUCAGAGUGUGAGGGGAUUACUUUUGCAAUAGACAUCCAUUGAAAUUUUUCAAUGGGUCUCUAAACAGGUUUUAUUAACUCCUCUUUAAUGAUUAACUCUAUUGCUGUGUAUUGUGUUUACCUAUAAUUUUGCUAAUUCUGUUCUUAUUAUUGAAAACCUUUUGAAAUUUUAAUUGCUUUAAAAAAAAUCGAAUGGAUUUAUUAGAAAUGUCACUGCUAUUGCAUUUAGGGGAAUGUUGUGCUGCUACAUUUUUAUUUACACUUUGUUGUGAGCCAUUUUAUGCAGUACUUAAACUAUAUAUUACGAGAAUGUGCUUGGGUCAACCAGUGGGUACCCAUUGAAUAUUUGUCAUGCCUAGAGGUGCCAUCUACACAGGGAAGACAAAAUAUUUUUGAGGUGUUAAAGACACAACUUUUGAAGUGUUAAGAACAUAUGUAAAGAGUAAAUAGAAUGUUAUAGUCGAAUUGCACCUCUUAAGAAGAAAUAAUUUGUGAUACUGAUUAAGUAUAAAGCAGUUCAUUUAAAAAAAAAAAAAAAAAAACACACUUGCUGUACGUGUGAAACGUUGUGCCUUCCAUUUGUAGAGUGCAUUUUCAAUUUUCUGACCGUUUUAGUUCACUUUUGUAUGUUGAGAUUGUGAGAGAACCACUUUUUUUUCCCCCCUCUAAAUUAGAAUUAGUAAUUUGAGGCUUGCCUUUUAUUCACUCAUUUGUGGACUAGUUGUCAUGCCUGCUUGAGGUGUUAAGAACAAUUGAUGUCGGAAAACUGAAUACAGGUGUGUCCGCUCUCUGGGAUCCGAUAAUCUAAAUUGUAUUAUUCAGAAUACAUGUUUGCUAGAGUGUUCCUUUGAGCUAAUACAAUCUGUCCCUUUCGUUUUUUUUGUUUUUUUCCUGAUUUCUACAUUUUGGACAAAGUAGAAGUUGACCAACUUUUCUAUGUUUUUAAUUAAACUUAAAAAAAAAAAAAAAAAAAUGUAAAUCCCCAUUGUAUUCAUUAUUACAUUAGCAAACUACAUGGACAAUUGGAAGUGCACUGGCGUUCUAAAGGGAGAUGGGAACCCAGUAAACCCAUCCCAGCAAGGAUUCAUGGGUUCUUCCUUUGGAUCAACAAAUCAGAGUCUUCAGAAUUCUGUGAAUGGUUCAGCAUCCAGCAGGUAAGGCCUGCAUUUUUUUAAAUAAUCAUAAAUGGAACCAUUUAUUUUUGAGUUUAUUAAAUGGAGUCCCACCAAUUUAUUGCUGCAUUACAGCUCUCAUCACUUUCACCUAGCCAAGGGUUGAUUGGUGUGCUCUUUAAAUAACUGUUCAUGUUUCAGUAUCUCACUUUAUAUGUUGUUUACUAAUCUAAGCAAAGAGCAACUCUACAUUCUCAAUAAAUUGGGCUCCUACUUCGUUUUUUUUAAAGUUUUGCAACAUACAACUGUACCCAAGCUUUCCAGUUUCCAUCCAAAAAUAUAAUUCUUUGAAAAUAAACCUUAUGGUUGAAUCACAGUAUUUUUUUUCAGAAAUUACAUUAUUGUAUCCACGCUCCAUGUUCGUAUAAUUCCUAAACUUGUUGGACCCUUGUUAUCAUAGAUAUACGGCGCCACAUACUGGGCUUUAGGAGUCUUUUGUGGCAAGUUCGGUUCCUUGAGCAUGUGUGCUUCAUUUAUCAGUUCUGCCCAGUCUUUGACAGAAGUGGUGAAGGUGCAUUAGGAGCUGGGUUGCUCCCAAAGUGUAACAAAAGUCCAGGUGAUGUUGUUCCACAGGAGAUCGUGGUCACACAUUUUGAAAAAUAUUCUCAGCCCAUUAAAUAUUUACUUACAAAUAUCUCUGCACAUUGGUUUUUACUUAAUUUUUCUGGUGCAGCUAGACAUGACUUACAUUUUUAACGUUAGGUUACCAAAAAGCAUCUGUAAAUUUGAGAGUUGGAAUUAUAGUAUAAAUCAUGAGGACUAGCCUUGGCACUGCCUUUGUUUAUAUGCAUUUUCUGUGAUGCUUGAUCAGACUGAAGAGUGGUUCAGGAUUGUGGGAAAUAUAUUUCACAAUGAUCUCAAGUGACAAGGCUAGCCAUAACUGGUUUUAUAGUUACUGUCAAGCUCUUUUGUAAGUAUGUUUAAUGUUGCAGAAACAGCAGCCAUAAAGCUUCUUUAAUAAUACUUAAUGUGGAUAUCACACACUCAAGAGUCCACUUAACUGAUUUGCACUGUAGAGUUGCUCAAUCUUGUCUCUGUUUACAAGUAACAACAAAAAUAAAUUUUGUCCGUCUGCAAACUUAAAACAGGUACAAUAUAGCGAAGUCCUGAUAUAUAUCUGCGUUUUUUUAAAACUGAUACUUCAAAUAGUAGCCAGUACUAUUCGUACUGCCAGCUCAUCUUUGUGAUCUGUAGACCUGAAUGGAAAGGAGAUGACUUUACUGCGGUCAUCUUUAACACAUUUUCAAAAGGGUCUAGCACGUCAUUUUGGUUUUCUGUGAUUUUAAUUAAACCAGUAUGACGGCAUACGUCAUUUUGAUCAAGCAUUACAACUGCAUAAAAUAUCUGUUGCUGCUUAGAGACUCUAGGAUAUUUUGCUUCUGCAUUGAAAUGGCAGAUGCCAUUGUUUGUGUCCCCCAACUAAAAGCAUGGUUAAUACAUUUUAAAAAAUGAGUUGGACAUGAUCAGAUCCUAGUCUGCUGUUUGUGUGGUACUGACACAAAACAAACCACAGCUUAGCUACAGUUUCAGUUUUGUAUGUGUAUUCUUUUCAAUAUAAAAUUUGUUGAUGCUAAUGAAUAUAAUCAGAACCAAAUCCACAUUUUUGCUUCUGAAAAUAACCCUGUUUAUAUGGAUGAUACCUAUAUUUUGCCAUCUCAGUUUGUAUUAUGUCCUUAACAGAAAGCACAGCUGAUUCCAAGCUAACAGGAGUAACUUUGCUGUUUUGCUGCUUGUUGCAUGCACACAGGAAUGGAUGCCGAACUUCAUUUUCUCCUCCCCAGCACAGUUUGAGACCUUCCAAGAUACACGGUCAAGCUGCAUACUUCUAAAUGAAAUAAAGGCCCAUUUUAUGUAUAUGUAUAUAUUUUUAUUUCAAGAGAAAAGAAAAUUAAAUGAUUGCUAAACCUUUCAGUUCUUGUUAAUCAGAGUGUGAAAUAACUUGCAGAUUUGUCUACAGAGUCUAGUGUGUAUCUGUUCACAGAUAGUGCUCUGAAAAGGCACCUCUUGUGAUGCUUGAGUCUGGAGCACUGUUUGUGUAUAUAAUGACAUUGUGUAUUUCAUCUAAUACUGUUCAAUUUGGAUAUUGUCUGCUACUAAUCUGAGUUGCUUAUCUAAAAAAACAACCAAACAAAACCUCAGUUGAUCAGUGUUUUUUUAUUUUAAUUUUUUUUUUUUAAGUCCUGUGUGACCUUUCUUGUCUUGUGUGUGUUAUGUUAGCUAAUCUUUUUUUCAAAGGAACACUCCAUGCACCAUAACCACUACAGCGCACUGAAGUGGUCAUGAUGCAGGGACAGCUCUGGCACCCCCGUUCCCCUCCCAAUGUUGGCAUUAACUUUCUACCUGUGGACUGUCAGGCACCCCUCUCUGCUUACUCUCCGCUCCAAACUAGGCAUAUUGGUCCAAAGCGGCACUGCAGGGUUUAUGUCAGGAAAACUAAAGGAAUCUCCUAGAUGGAGGUUUCAACUAUCCUGUUGGCUGAGAGUAGGCCGGCAAUCAGCACUUGUCAGACUCCAUGAAAGAGGUCAAUACACCAGAAAACAGUUUGCUUACUUUGGGGAUGCCAGGCAAUUCCUAGUGCCAUAAACACUACAACACGCUGUAGUGGUUGUUGUGCUUGGAGUAUUUCUUUUACUGAUCACUUCUGGGUUGUUUGCUCAUGAUGGAACAGUAGCAUGCAAUAUAUGCUCUACAAUGCUGUCCUGAACAUUGCAAAAGAAAAGUAAUUUGUUAGCACCUCAUAUAUAUGAUAUAAAUAAGCAAAUGACUGUAAUUUUUCUGACCUAUACUCACACAUUCCAAUAAUUGAUCACCAUGUCAAGUCAUUAUACUAAUGUAUAUGGGUUUAAUGGCUUGACUUAAACUACGAGGAGGGUUUCGCUAGGAAAUCGGCAUAUAUUGUAAAAAGACAAAUAAAAACUCAGACGUAUUACAGUCAUUCAUAUAUAACCCAGAGUAUUUAAAUAAAAGCAGUAUAAGUGAUGUACCAAUAAACACACUAUGUAGAAAACUGAUAAAAUCCGUUAGUUUAAUGAACAACUUGAAAUUUCGAAACAACUGCCUGCAUGAUGUUCAUCAAACCUGGAAUUUUGGAGACUUGACAAGAGAACUACCUACUUUGCUAUAUUUGCCUAAAAUUUGCCAUUUAGAUAUCAAUUCAGUGCAAUUCUAUGUUUACUAAAUAAACAUUUUUGCUUUUAGUGUGGUAUAAAUGAUAUGAACAACUUAUCACAAACGCAUUUUAUUUUUUAUAUAAUAUAAAUUUACUUUCUACUUGUGGCUAUUAAGUGUAUGGGUCUCUGUUCGGCCAUAUUGGUUACAUGAACAUCUACACAUUAAUAGUAUAGUGGCUCAAGUGUGAAUUUAGUGAAAGCUGUAAUCAUUCUUGCCUCUUGAUUUCAGUGUUUGUUUUGGGGGUAUUUUUUUGCAUGAAGUAAAGAAACUACAUUUGAUUUUAUUUUUCUGCAUGUUUGUUUGUUUUAUUUUUAUUUACUACACUUUCUCCUCCCUUCCCCCCUUCUCGUCUUUGCUCUGUUUUGUUCUACGUUGUUUCAGAUAUAUCUUUUCCCCAUUGGACAACCCAAAGGCUGGAUCAAGGUGGUCCAGUUCUGCACGCUUUAUUCCUCCUCCUCUGGUAGAGCACCUAUGUGAUGCAGAACCUCAAAGUCCUUCAUCCUUAAACACUCGCAGGCGAUACAACCCCCCACCUCUUAAAACUUUACUUGAAAAUCAAGGUGUAUAGUCAGUUAUAAAGUUGCCUUAACACUUUCUUCUGAUGAUGAGCUGUUCGUUUUUAAAAAUAUAUAUAUUUUUUCUGCUUUCCUUCUAUACCUCAUAGGUGGCAUGUGAACUCCAACUUCUUUAUGGUGUCAAAUCUAAUUCUACAAUAUACACACAUACAUGCAGACAGUUUCCAUAACUCAUUUCCUUAAUUGGUGAAUAGGAUAGUACUAAAAUAGGUAGUUGAACUUAAAGUGCCUGUCAAGUGCUCUGACACUUUGUUAUUGGGUAGUGCUUGUGAUUUUAUUCUAACAUUUUCUAUUGAAUUAAAGUGUCUUGUUUUUGUUUUUUUCCUGUGUACUGCAGCAAAAUGUAAUGAGAAUUUGUCAAUAGUUUGAAUAAGACUUUUAUUUAAGUGUCAUGCUUUUUGUACAAUAAUAAAAAGUGAAUCUGAACAUUAUCAUUUAGUGACCUUAUUUGUAAGGGAGAUAUGAUGUUGUGAAAGCUGGUUCAGAUUUUUGAAGCAAAUGACAAAUAUAAAGUUUUUUUUGAUACCAAAGAAAUUCAACAAACACCACUAAAUUAAUGAAGGUGUCUGAAGGAAGUGGGUAUAUAGUGGUACUGUGACUAUCCUUUUAACUGGACCUUACUAUAUUGGAAUUAUUUGCAAUAAA